CCGACGAGUCGUCAUCGUCGGAAAUUAUCACGAUCUCAUCAUCAAAUCGAGAUGACAUAUCAUCUACCGACACUAUGAAGAAUCAAAGAAAGAAAAUAUAGCAUUCUCCCAUUACCCAUACGUUUUUACAAAAAAAAAAAAGCUAAUUGCACAGAUAAAACGAAUUUUUUCGUUCCAGCUACUGUUUAGCGCACAUUGCUUAGAUUAAAGAUUGAUUGAGGGCGAAAUGAAAAUAAUUGUAAGAUACCGGAUAACUAGUGGUCCACUGACGUUAACGACAUCGUAAAAAAACAAACGAGUGGAAAAUAUUCUUGACGUAUAUUGCGAUGCAGUAACGCCUGAGAAAUUAACCCUCGAGCGACAAGAGAAUCCUGUUGACAGUGGGAAAACGCCAUGGAUACUCUAUACACCAGUGCAAUUCAUGGUUUUAACAGGCAUGUCGCUGGAGCAAAUGGCAUUUCAUCAGGUAUCGCUGGUGCCCUUGAUCAAGAUGGUGUCCUCAGUCUCAUUGUUGUUCUCGGUGGUAGCCUGUCGCUAGUUGCCCUUGUAUUUGCAUUCAUUACGUACAGUUUAUUCUCGGAUUUACGGAGUUUGGCUGGUACAACACUGAUGAAUCUUCUAGCAGCUCUCUUCAUGGUACAACUUCUGUUCAUAGUUGGUGUUGGUGGUGUACAGGAUCCAGAGCUAUGUAUAUCCCUUGGGCUGAGUCUGCAGUACUUGAGGGUUUCAGUAGUUUGUUGGUUGGCAGCAAUGUGUCAUCACCUUUACGCUACAGUGGCAUCCGUGCCAUGUCGCGAUGACCCACCGACUUAUCUCAAGUACAGUGUAUUUGCAUGGGGUGCACCACUGAUAACACUAGUAGCAGCUAUCCACAUUCAAACUAAGGAGAGCAGUGAUCUGUGGAAUAUCAAGGAUUUAACACCAUUCAACUGCUGGUUUCUCGGCUCUCAAGCAACGGUCUACACUUACGGUCUACCGAUCGUUCUACUUCUACUUAUCUCGGGUUAUUAUCUCCUCAAAGCAGCUAUUGUUGCACGAUAUACUUGCAGUAUGCAAUUGGACGUGAAGCAGAGGGAAAAGAUGAAAAGAAGACGAGCUCUACAAUUGGUACUUUUUCUCAAGAUUUGCCUAACCAUAGGUCUCAUUGCAGGAUGUGGAAUAGCAUCAAGAGUAUUGCGAGUGCCUGUACUCUGGGCUAUCUUUUGCACCGGACAUUCACUACAGGGGCUUGCAGUUGCACUGUCAGUGGCAUGUAAUUGUCGUGUACUGAAUGUCUACGCUAGGAAACCGAAGCAAUCUAAACAACAGAUUGCCAAAUCGUCCAGCAUGCAACUACUGGCACCGCACCCAGAUCCAGUUUGAGAGAAAAAAA